AUGUCCGGUACCGAGGUCGACGUCUCCCCAAGCAGGCUUAUAUGUUCUGGCUGCUCGGAGUGGAUCAUCUUGGGCGAGCGAUCGACGCACGAAGACAGAUUCAAACCAUGGUUCCAACACCGAAGUCAGUGCGAGCUUGCCCAGAACAUGGAGCUUUCCCUCCUUUUGCGUAAACAGAAGCGGACGUGGACGGAUGCACAUCAGCGUCUUGCGCUCCUUCUGCGAAAACAGAAGAGAACGCUGACGAAAGCACAUCAGCGUUUUGUACUCCUCAAGGCAGACGAGUACGUGGCGGAGGCUCAUCCGCAAAAAGCUCUAUGUCGCGCGUGCAACUCAUGGGUUGCUCUGGGCUCAAAAGGCCAGUACUGUCUCAGGCACUGGCUGUUGCACAGGCGGAAAUGUUCCAAAAUCUUGGAGUCAGAGAGGCUAGCUGAGAAGCCACAAGAGAUAGUGCAGCCUAAGACGAAAGGCGAGGAGCAGCGUAUCUCAUUCCUCCAAGCUGAGUACACAGACGAGAUUCAACCGCAUAAGGUCAGAUGUAGAGGGUGUGGCAAGUGGAUCGCUCUGCGCUCAGAGCAAAGGGCAAGAUAUAACUCUUAUAACUGGAUCAUGCAUAGAGGCCGGUGCAAGGGAAUUCAAGUUGAGGAAGCAGAGAGGCGGGAGGUUGAGCUCCUUUUGACAUAUGCGGACUCUGCAUGUCAUUCAUAAUAUCGUGAGCAUAUCACGUAUAGAGGCCCAUCAUGGCCACCAUCUUAGCUGCAAGGGCAGUUGUAAACAAACUGCCAUUAAACUCGCUGUCUGUGCUGAAGGUAUUCUGCGAUGAGGACAUUAGGCUACUCAAUACUAUAAU